GGUAGUGUAUACUUUUGUAAAAUGUUUUUAUAUAUGACUGCACAUAACAUUCAUGUCAGCUUCUCUCGGCUCUGGUUCUUUCAGUCUGUGUUAAGGCGUGAUGUUGUGGUUGUUGGUAAGCCCCCUCGUAGCCCUGUGAUGUCUAGGAGGUCCUGCGGCUCGCCUGUUAGAGGUCAAAACUUUUCGCCAUCUCAUAGGUUCCAAAGACAAGCAUAUGUUCAUGAUCCGCUUCAAGGUGCAGGGGAACCAUUCCAAGCCCUGUAUAACUACAUGCCACGAAAUGAAGAUGAGCUGGAACUGAAAGAGGGUGAUGUUGUUGACGUCAUGGAGAAGUGUGAUGAUGGAUGGUUUGUGGGAACAUCCAGGAGAACAAAGUUUUUUGGAACCUUUCCUGGGAACUAUGCGAAUCGGCUAUAAGUGGACUUUUCAAGUACACAUCUCUGAUGGUCCUACAUCUACUGAGGAGAGCUGAACAAUGUCACCUACAGCUACCUGCUGGAAUUAGCAUGACAUGUUCCAGUCAUCAACCUGUGGAAAGUGAUGAAACUGAUGAAAGGCCAAUGGCCUUCGAGGUGUUAUUAUUACACUGUUUAUGUCAUUUGGUUCAAAUAUGCUGAUAAUUAAAUUCUGAAAGCAUUACAUUAAUUAGGAAUUUCAGUAAAUGCUUUAAAACAUUUGGUUGCCUACAUUUUUCCUCAUAGUUGAAAGAAAUCAGUUUGCUUGCCUUCUCGUU